UCCGUCUUCCUCGACAUUUGCAUUUGCGAGUGAAAUUGGUUUUGAACACUGUGUGUUUCUCAGAGGGAUUACAGCGAGAAAAUAUGUUGUGAUGCACUUCUGACCGCUGACCAUGGACUUGUUUUUAUUCAUUCUUCUGGCAGUGCAAAUACCCAGCGUGACGGCUGUGACUCACAUGCUGAAGUAUUUCCACACUGUGUCCUCUGAAGUUGAAAACUUCCCAGAGUAUAUUAGUGUUGGUUAUGUUGACGACGUUGAGAUUGUUCACUAUGACAGCAACAGCAGGAAAGCAGAACCCAAACAGGACUGGGUGAACAAAAUCACAGCAGAGGAUCCACAGUACUGGCAGAGGCAGACGCAGAUUAAUGUAAACAGUGAGCUUGUCUUCAAAAACAGCAUUGAAAUUCUUCGGAAGUUCUCCAACCACACUGAAGGUGUUCACAUUUACCAGCAGAUGCUUGGCUGUCAAUGGGAUGAUGAGACUGAUGAGGUUGAUGGUUGGGUACAGUACAGUUAUGAUGGAGAAGACUUGCUAUCAUUGGACAUGAAGACAUGGACAUGGAUCGCAGCAAAACCACAAGCUGUCCCCACCAAACACAAGUGGGACCAUGCCAAAGCUUAUAUUGAAUACAUUAAGUUUUACUUCACUGAGCGCUGUCCUUCUUACUUGAAGAAGCAUGUGAACAAUGGGAGGCAGGUCCUAUUGAGAACAGAGCUUCCAGAGGUGUCUCUCCUCCAGAAGACGCCGUCCUCUCCGGUCAGCUGCUUCGCGACAGGUUUCUACCCCGACAGCGCCAUCAUGUUUUGGAGGAAAGAUGGCGAGGAGCUCCACGAGGACGUGGAGCACAGAGAGCUGCUCCCCAACCACGACGGAACCUUCCAGAUGACGGUGGACCUGAAAGUGGAGGUGACGGCCGACGUGGAGGGCAAAUACGAAUGUGUGUUUCAGCUGGCUGGCGUCAAGGAGGACAUGGUCACCAAGCUGGAGAGAAGAAGCAUCCUGAGCAACGCAAGCCAUGAAGGCAACUUGUGGGUCGCCGUCGCUGCCACGGUGGCGGUCCUAGCCGUGGUGGUCCUCCUGGCGGCCAGCUUCAUGGUCAAGCAUCACAGACAAGUCAAAUACGAUCCAGCUGGGAAUUUGCCGUCAUCUUCUUCCUCCAAAAGAUCAGACCUUCAGCACAUUAAUGCGCUGCUAUAGGAGGGUUGUGUCCAUAAAAGUUAUUUUGACUCACAGAGUAGCGUAAUUAUAUUUGUGCUAUUUUUUUACAUGACAGCACAGCUUUCAAAUGAUCACCACCUGAAAGCCGACAAAAGCCUCUUGAGAACACAAAUACAUUUAUAUCCUUUAACAAAGCAAACUAACUCCUCAAUAACUCAAUUAGUCGGUACAUUGACAUGCAGGAAUUUCUGCAUGAAUUUGUUUUAAAGCAGUUUUUGUUUUUUUUAAACCGCAUUGAAUUUAAGGUUCAAAUUAACAUGCGUAGAUUAUUCAAUUGGAAACCAGAUCCCUCUUGCAUGGAGGACUCCAUGUAGAACAAAUGGCGCAGCCCUGCACAAUGUCAAAUUCACAAGAGAAAAAGAUGACGCUGGUGGGGGGAUGUUAAAACUUUGCUGUGUUUAACACAAAAGCAUCAUUUUUGUAGUCAAAAUUAAAUUACAGUUUUUUUUUCCAAUUGCUAAAACACAAUUUCGCAAACGAGGCUCGUUUUAGCAAAAUACUUAACACAAUGCACAAUAUAGCACAAUAACAAUAUAACACAAUCUCAUAUUUCCUGCAAAAUGAAACAUUGCAUCCAAAACUACACACAUCAUGAUGCAAAUCAAACUUUUGCGCCAAAUGACACACACUUCAUUCAUUUUACCAGAUUUUUAUGCCAAACCAACAACGCACUGUAGAAGAGCACUCUCAUCUUUAGUAUGCUUUGCAGGAAUGCUGAAAUUGUUCAAACUGAAACUUUUUCAGAUUGUUCACAUGCACAGAAAUAUUUGCAGAUACACGCACCAAACCAGUCAGUGCAACAUAUGCACAGAAGUUGGAGUGAACUAAAAUGGUCCCAAAAAACUGUCAACUGAAAAAAAAUUGCAGAAAAUAUAUAAAGAAAAAAUAGAUGAGAAAAUAAAAGGAAAAAAAAAGAAAGUACCUUGCCAUGCAGCUUCACCAACGCAUAGUGCUUCGUUUGGGCACCCUAGUUAGUUGUACACUUGAUAAAAUGAAUAUAUUUUUUUUAUCAUGUUUUUCUCUGUAAUGACUACAUAGUACUUGUGUAGGAUACAAGAGUGCAGUUGUAAAGUGGGAUGCUUAUUUGCCUGCUUGAGAAAUUGUUAACCCAUAGAUCAGUGGUCACCAACCUUUUUGAGACCAAGAUCCCUGCUCUCGGCCGUGAACCUGCACAAGAUCUACCCUCGCAUAUCUGCGGAGAAAAUGAUAUAUAUAUAUAUACAAUAGAGGGUAGGGAUUUCACAGGGACCACAAGAAAAAGUUUUUGAAGGCGUCAUGAGGAAACAGAAUGUCUCUCUGGAAUUGUAUUCAAUCAACGGGUAAAAUAAAUUUAAUACGGGGAAUAUGAAAUUCUCCGGCGGAGUAUUAGGGCCACAUUGGAAAACAAAACCUGAGAUUUUGAGAAUGAAAUCGUGAAAGUCAAAAAUGUACAAGAAUAACGUUGUAAAUUUACAAAAAAAAAGUCAUAAAUUUAGGAAAAAGAUCGUAAAUUGCGGGAAUAAAGUCACAAAUUCAUGAGAAAAAAAAACUGUACAUUUACAAGAAAAAAAGUCGUAAUAUUAUUAUUAUCUGAGGCAAUGCCUGUUACGACGCAGUAUUAAAAUAAUCUAUGUUUUUUAGAAUAAAGUUGUACAUGUACGAGAAAAAACUUCUAACUUUGUUACAGGCAUUGCCUGUGACAGCUAUAAAAAGGGGGGACUUAUGUGACCUUUGGCCUUGGGCAUAUUGAGGGGGCGGGGUAAGGAAGGCGGAACUGAGAAGGGCUCGACAGGCGAAUCUGUUUGUGCUCAACUGCUCUGUUUUGCUGCCACUUUAUAAAUAAAAUCAUGCCUGAAACAAGAGGAAAGUUUCCUUCCUUCCUGAAGAGCUGUGCUCUAUUUUCCCUCUGACACGUAUGUCAUGAUGACACAUCAUAUUACCUCGUCUUACGCCUUACCCCUAGGUUUACCCCUAGGUUUUGUGCGUUCACGAGAAUCAAGUGGUGUCCCAAUUCUCCUUAAACCGAGGGGUAAGGGGUACAGUAUGUGCCAAGGGGUAUAUACAGUACCCGUUGAAAACAAGUGCGAUAGGCUACCACAAUUGAAACAUAAGGGAAGGCGCAGCUACGACACCCGCUGAGAAGACUGAACCGCAGAGACCGAAAGAAACAUAUAAAGGUAAGUAAUUACACAUAGCUAUUGAGUUUCAGAGUGGGAUUCAGCCUUAGUCUAUUGAGCACAUAAGUGUGUUCAGACUGAGAAGUACGGCAGUCAGUAUGUGGAUGUUGUAGUAAAAACAUAAAAAAAAAAACAACAACAACAUAGGGGUGGAAAUAUUGGUAUUAUCAGUACCAUACAGCAGAGGUGCUCACACUUUUUUAGCCUGCGAGCUACUUUUAAAAUGACCAAGUCCCAAAGAUCUACCUACUACUAUAAAUAUACAAAGUACUGUAUAUAUAUUUACUAUAUUUAUUUUUGUAAAAAGGAGUAGGUAUUUAUGUACGUUAUACAUGUAUAUCUGGAGUGCACGCACUUUCUCAGCAUGCAAGUACAAGUCAAAAUGAUCUACGUCUUUCUAUAAAACAUAUAACAUAUACAAAAUGUAACCAGUAAACUCUGAAAUUCUAUUGUAACUAUUAAUGAUUAGUAUUUCACAUUCACAUUUUCAAAGUCUACAGGUAAUCAAAGUAGUUGCUAUCAUAAUUCACUUCAAUAUGGAAAUAAAGAUAAUUACACAUAACUCCUAAAUAGUUGUGUACAUAACCUGAGUACUGUUAAUAUGUCAGUCAAAUUAGCUAUGUAACGCUCAUUAGGGCACACAGUUCAUGUAUUACAUCCAGUUAGCAUUUGCUAUCAAACAUGACCCAUAUACAAGAAUUUAAAAUGAUUAUGCAAAAGACAAUUCAGCCGAAGUCAAGACAACAUAUUGAAAAGGUUUCACCAAUGGGCACAUUUUUAAUUUCAUCAUGAAAUAAUAGUUUAAGAAGCCAACGUGUAGAAAACACUGAUUUUUGUAGGAUAGUUCAUGACGCCAAGCAAAGCCAGUAAAUACACUUUUUGUCUACGUAACUAGCCGCUACAAGUGAACAGAUAACUUGUGUUAUAGAUAUAGACAUCUUACCGCUGAGUUAGUUCAUCCAUAAUCAUAAUAAUAAAGAUGAAAGUUGCAUCCUCGUGUGUAGCUUGAAAUGCUGCGGGGGAGCAAGCGGGAAUCAGGAGGGGAGCUUAAUGUCAGCUGACUGAUGUCAUAUGACAACUACAAAGUACCCAAACUACCUUGGCGAUCUACCGGUAGCUCGCAAUCGACGUAAUGGCCACCCCUGCCAUACAGUAUGAUCAUGAUGAGCUCAAUUUAUUUUCACAAAUACUGUAUGUGUGUUUUUUGUUG